GUCCUAAUCAUUUAUUUCCUAACCAAAGAAAAAGGCAAAUCGCGACCCGUCUCUCUCUCUCUCUCUCUCCUUGAAAUCGAAAGAUCAAAAAAGCGACACUGAAAAUGGAAAAUCGGUCAGAAAUGGGUAACCGGAGGCAGCAGAAUCUCUUCGUCAUAGCUUCUCCCGACGAGAUUGCUAAGAUCCAUCGAGCCGAAACUUCCAAACAAGCCGGAGCUAUUGCCGGAGCUAAGGCCGCCGCCGUUGCCGCCGUCGCCAGUGCGAUUCCCACAGUAGCUGCCGUUCGUAUGUUCCCGUGGGCUAAGGCAAACCUCAACUACACUGCUCAAGCACUCAUUAUUUCUUCAGCUUCUAUCGCUGCGUUCUUCAUAACCGCGGAUAAAACGAUUCUACAAGGCGCAAGAAGAAACACCGAGGCUCAGUUAAAGAAAGUUCAGCAAGACUCUAAAUAAUUUCUCUUCUUAUUGUAACACAAAUCAAUCAUCAUCUUUCUCUGUUUUGUAUGCAUAUUUUGCCUUGAUUCUUAAUAAGAGUGUUAUUAUUAUAAGGAAUAACAAAUUCUUUAAGACCAUUUUUUAUUCA